AUGGCAGGAGCUCUGCACUUCAUUCUGCUCUUACUCCUGCACUUCUCCUCAUUUCUCCUCAUUUUAACCAAACCUUCUGAGGACACAUCUACAGCUUCAUCCACUGUGGAGUCAUAUGCAACUUUUCCUGCAGCUGGGAGAGUUCUUCCUGCAGAGAGAAGCGACUCCACUGAGGUUCCCAGCACAGGAUUCACUACCAAGCCAACAGAUAGACCUCCAAAAAGCACCACCAAUGUGACUAAAGAGGCUGGGAAAGCAAAGGAGAGAGUAUCCAAAAAAGAUGCAGAGAAAGAAGAAGAAGGACCUUUGGAAUUAGAAAGGAGGUCCAGCAGGAGCGUUAAGAUAGCAAAGAAGCCCAAAACGAUCCAGAAGAAACCCAAACUCGUCCCCAAGAAGAAGCCGACGGUUGUUAAGAAAUCCAAACCUCAUGUCAAACACAGAGCGAGCCAAUCAGAGGAGGCCGUCCCACAGUGUCCUCCUCUGGGUCUGGAGUCUCUGAAGGUCAAAGACCACCAGCUGAGAGCUUCUUCCUCCAGAAGACGAGGACUCGGUCCUCACCGCGGCCGACUCAACAUCCAGUCGGGUGUAGAGGACGGGGAUAUCUACGAUGGCGGCUGGUGUUCUCAGCUCAGAGAUCAGAGCCAGUGGCUGCAGGUCGACGCUCUCAGACUGACCCGUUUCACUGGAGUCAUCCUGCAGGGCCGGGCCUCCAUCUGGAGCUGGAACCUGGUGUAUUCCUACAAAGUUCAGUUCAGUAACGACACGCUGGUCUGGAGGCCGGCGAUGAACGGGACCAAAGAGGCUGUGUUCACCGGGAACCAGAACCUUGAGACUCCGGUCCUGGCUCUUUUCAACACGUCCACCGUGGCCCGUUACCUCCGGAUCAAUCCUCAGAGCUGGUACCAGAACGGGUCGCUGGGACACAUCUGCCUGCGAGCCGAGGUGCUGGGCUGCACUGUGCCAGAUCCAAACAACAUCUACCCGUGGCAGACAGCGCCGGCAGAGCCUCAAGACAAACUGGACUUCAGACACCACAACUACAAGGAGAUGAGAAAAUUGAUGAAGUCGGUGACCGAGGCGUGUCCGAACAUCACGCGCAUGUACAGCAUCGGGAAGAGUUACACGGGACUGAAGCUCUACGCCAUGGAGAUCUCUGACAACCCGGGGAAACACGAGCUGGGAGAACCAGAGUUUCGUUACGUUGCAGGGAUGCACGGGAACGAGGUUCUGGGCCGAGAGCUCGUCCUCAACCUCAUGCAGUUCAUGUGUCAGGAGUACAAACGAGGCGACCAGCGCAUCGUCCGCCUGAUCCAAGACACCCGCAUCCACCUGCUGCCCUCCAUGAACCCCGACGGACACGAGAUGGCCUUCAAGAAGGGCUCAGAACUGUCCGGCUGGGCUCUCGGUCGCUACAGCUACGAAGGAAUUGACAUGAACCAUAACUUUGCGGACCUGAAUUCUGGGAUGUGGAACGCCAUCGAGGUGGAGACGGACCGCUCCAAACUCAUCAACCAUUACUUCCCCCUCCCGGAGAUGUACACCUCGGAGGAAGCCUUUGUGGCGCCAGAGACCCGGGCCGUCAUCGACUGGAUGCAGAACAUCCCGUUCGUCCUGAGUGCUAACCUCCACGGGGGGGAGCUGGUGGUCACGUACCCGUACGACAUGACUAUUGACUGGGCUCCAAGAGAGCACACGCCCACCGCCGACGAGAGCUUCUUCCGCUGGCUGGCCACCGCGUACGCCAGCACCAACAGGGUGAUGUCCAACCCGGACCGGAGGCCCUGCCACAACAAGGACUUCAGGAGAAACAACAACAUCAUCAACGGAGCCGACUGGCACAACGUACCAGGAAGUAUGAAUGACUUCAGCUACCUGCACACUAACUGUUUUGCCGUGACGGUGGAGCUUUCCUGCGACAAGUUCCCUCACGUCAGCGAGCUGCCGGGGGAGUGGGUCAACAACAAGGAGUCCCUGCUGGUCUUCAUGGAGCAGGUCCAUCGGGGGAUCAAAGGAGUCGUGAGGGACAGAGAGACGGAGGAGGGAAUAGCAGACGCCAUCAUUAAAGUGGAUGAUAUCGAUCAUCACAUUAGAUCAGUUUCAGACGGUGACUUCUGGCGUCUUCUGAACCCCGGAGACUACAGAGUGACGGUCAGCGCUGAGGGAUACCUCUCCUCCUCCAGGAGCUGCCAGGUGUCGUACAACUUCUACCCCACAAUCUGUGACUUCAACCUCUCAAAGAUCCCCACACAGAGGCUCAGAGACAGACCUGCUGUGGACCUGCAGCUCCGCCUGAGAGAGCUGCGUCUGAAGCAGCUCAGAGCCACCACGAAGACCCUCAACCAGAGGAGAACCGAGAACCAGAGGAGAACCAUCAACAAGAGGAGAAGCAAGGCCAUCAACCAGAGGAGAACCAUCAACUAGAGGAGAACCGAGAACCAGAGGAGAACCAUCAACUAGAGGAGAACCAUCAACUAGAGAACCAACAAUUGUGUCGUUGUCUGAACACCAGUGUUAGAGACAGUUUUUGUGAAAAGUUUAUAUAAUAUUGUCACACCCCUUUCUCACCAACGCAGCUCCCGUUGUAGCUCCGUGCUUGCGCUCUUCUGGUUCGGAACCGGUUUUUAUUU